UGUCAGAUGCUGGGGAGCCGGGCGGGCGGGCGCGCUGGCGGCGGGUGGCGGUGGGGACUUGUUGUUCUUCGCGAAGUCGGAGCCGGAGCGCGCGGCGGAGGCGGCGGCCCAGGGGGAGCGCGAGAGUGAGCGCGAGCGCGAGAGCGCGUGCCCGCGAGUAGCAGCCGCGCACCCGCUCUCCCUGCUCAACAUAAGUUACAGUUUCCAAGCAGUUCUGUCCGGGUGACUGUGCCCAGGUUAUGACGACUAAUCCCAAACCGAACAAGGCAUUAAAGGUUAAGAAGGAGGCGGGCGAGAACGCCCCGGUGCUCAGCGACGAUGAGCUGGUGUCCAUGUCGGUUCGGGAGCUGAACCAGCACCUGCGGGGCCUCACCAAGGAGGAGGUCGUGCGCCUGAAGCAGCGCCGGCGCACGCUCAAGAACCGCGGCUACGCCGCCAGCUGCCGCAUCAAGCGCGUGACGCAGAAGGAGGAGCUGGAGCGCCAGCGGGUGGAGCUGCAGCAGGAGGUGGAGAAGCUGGCGUCGGAGAACGCCAGCAUGAAGCUGGAGCUGGACGCCCUGCGCGCCAAGUACGAAGCCCUGCAGACCUUUGCGCGCACGGUGGCCCGCGGGCCUGUCACGCCCACCAAGGUGGCCACCACCAGCGUCAUCACCAUUGUGAAGUCCCCCUCCGUGCCCUUCUCGGCUGCUUCCUAGUGCUCGAGGCAGGACGCCAGGUGGACCUCAUGCUUGACAGGGUCCCAUGGGGACAGACCCUUAACACCCGAGUCGAAGUGCAGACCCCGCGGGGCACCCGGUGGGGCCACGGUUGUGGGUGCCGGAUGAACUGUAGGGUCUUGUGAGCCUGUGUGCCGCACGCCUUCCCACACGCACACACACACACCACACACCACCAGCCUUCCUCUGGGCCCUGCCAGCUCUCUCUAGACUCUGCUUCAGGCCUGUGUCUUGCACCAGGGGAGUCGGGAUGUGCGGAGGGAAGGUCCUCAGAAGGUUCCUGGCCUUGUGGCCCAAUGGCAGGGGCUCCGUCUUCCACCCCUCCCCUAAGCAGCCUGUCAUCACGUGUCAGCACCUCUGUCCCCUGCUGAGGCCCACCAGCCAGCACAGAAGCCCCCUCGCUGCCGUGACGGAGCUCCGGUGCCCCAGGAGGAGCCUUUUGUUCCUGGUGUCGGAACACACCCUGACCCUGCUUCAGCGUUAGCCAGACCCCGUACCAGGAAGCCGAUGGAGGAAGGCUCUUGAGUGGGCGCGUGUGUGCACGUGCACAUAGGGCGUACCUUCUGGCACGCCAGGGCACCAGCAGCAUUGGGGGCCUUGGAGAAGCAGCUUCUUCCCUGUGGGGUCCCUGUGAGAGUUCCAUAAGUGUUACGAAUUAUCCGUGAGUGUCGGGGUGAGUGGAGGGAGGUCUCCAGCAGGGAGCAGUAGUGGGCGCCCUGCUGUAGCCCACAGAGUCCUGGGAAGGUGGAGCCCGGCGCACGGAGGGGGCAGCGGGCGCGGGCCAGGGGGGCAAGAGGAGCACAUUCUGGUGGAACAGGCGUGAGGUCGCCCAUAGUCCCGGGAGCAGCAGUGGAGCUGGGUGGCACCCAAUUCCUGCUGCUGAGGAGACAGGAGAGCAGGAUGACAGGUGGGGGUGGAGGAUGAGGGGGGCACGGGGUCGGAAGGGCGUGCGGACCAGUCUCCUGGGCACACCGUCAGCACAGAGGACAGUCAGCACAGAGGACGGGGACUCUGUAUCCUUGGUGCUUCGUCGCCUGGGGCCUUCACUUGCCCUUUUGGGCGCUUGGAGCCCCGAUGACCUUGGUGACCUUUGCUGGGGUUUCCUUCCCGGAGAGCUGCUGCAGGGGCUCCCGUGUGGCCAGGUGUGGCCCUGGCCCUUUCUGCCGUCCUGAGAAGGUGCUGGGUGAGCUGCAAGCCCAGCCCCACCACUGGCCCCAGGCUCCAGCCCCCCCCCCAGUGAGACCCCCAGCAAGCUGCCAAGGAGGGGGCAGAAGAUGAUCCCCAGGGCUUCCUCCGUCCUGCUGCUGCAUCUGUUAGCAGCGGACAGAAGGUGACUGGGCCUUUGGGGGAAGGCAGUGGUCUGGGGUGCGCUGGGUCCUUGCGGAGCCAAGUCCUGCUUUGUAAAGGAAGCUGUCGGUGCCAUAGCCGUGGUACGUAAUCCACAUUGGAUAUCAGUAAGGGCCGUGGGAGAUAUUUAAGAGAGAGAAGUAUAUAUAUAUAUAUAAAAGUAUAUACACAUUUUAUCGUACAGAGUUUUUGUACCUUUUUCCUGUUUGAUACUGUAAAUCUAGAGCAGAGCCGCAGUUUGAGUGGGUGGAGUGGGAUUCAUCAGCUAGUCCCAUGUCCCAUGUCAGCCGGCUGGCAGCUCCCUAGGCACCCCCCUGCUCCCUUGUCGUCGUCCUGCUCUUCCCUACAGGGUCCCGCUGACAGCACUGGGUCCCCUGGGCCUGGGGGCCUGGCCAGGUGUCCUGGCCAGCUUGGUGGCUGCCUGGGUCCCCAGAGUGCCCUGUCCCGAGGGACACAGGUGGGCGAGCGUGGGCUUGGGCCCCAUCCCUGGACCGAGCAAGUUCCUAUCGCCAGGGGCUGUGGGCCAGGGCCCCCCAUCUCCGGGGACCAGGGGCCACGGAAGGCAGACAGACAGGCGCAGUCCCUCAUGUUUUUCCUCUUUUCCUUUCAGAUCAUUGGAAUUUCACUGUCACAAUUUAAUAUAUGGAGUUUUUUAUUUAAGAGAAAAGGCAAGGGCCUCUUUGUCGUGUGGGUUUGUUUUUGUUGCCUGUGCUUCAGGUCGCGAGUGCUUCCCCAAGCACGCGGGCCCUUGGCUCUCCCGUGGCAGGGCCUCCGUCUGAGCUCAGCACCCGUCUUCCUUUGCCUCCAGCCGCUCAGCUGUUUCAUUUCAAUAUUUAUUUUUGUGCUGCUUUUAUCAUGAUAUAAAUUAUUGAGAAGAGACCCUGUAUGGUGGCCCUCGCUUGUAGGGCACGUGCCCCGCGCCCACCCUGUCCCCACGGCCACCAGCUAAUUUAUUGCUGUACAUCUCUGCUGUGAUGCUUUUGUACCUUUGCAAUAAAGAGUUUUCUGGUUUCA